AUGUUCGUUUCAGCCACGGUGGUCAGCGCCAUUCAAACACUGGUGUGCUUUGGUCUCGCAUGCGCCAUACUUGCGCUCAUUCUCGCAAUCCUAAUCAUCUUCCUGAAAAAGUGGAUGUAUAUUCUGGCGGCAUUCAUGAUAUUAUCGAUACUGUCAGGUGAGUACGUAUCUGUGCUUUAGAGCUGUCGUGACAUCGAGGUUGGCAGGCGAGCAUGUCGGUGUGUAGUAUGUGUUCAGUCAUGACGUUAUUGAUGAUUGCCAAGUACGUGGGUGUGUGGUGUGUCAGCAGCAAUGACGGUAUCGGUAACUGUCAAGUGAUUAUGAGGUUUUUUGUAUGGCGUCAGUCACGACAUUUUUGGAUACUGUCCGUUGAGUAUGUAGGUGUGUAGUAUGUGUUCAGUCACGACAUUUUUGGAUACUGUCCGUUGAGUAUGUAGGUGUGUAGCAUGUGUUCAGUUACGACAUUUUUGGAUACUGUCCGUUGAGUAUGUAGGUGUGUAGUAUGUGUUCAGUCACGACAUUUUUGGAUACUGUCCGUUGAGUAUGUAGGUGUGUAGUAUGUGUUCAGUCACGACAUUUUUGGAUACUGUCCGUUGAGUAUGUAGGUGUGUGUGUGGUAUAAGCCUCACUGGGGCACUUGAAGUAAGAGGAGGAGUCAGUGCGUCUCAUUUAAUGCUAAUAACUGCUCUGAUAACUGCUCUAUUAACUGCCCUAUUAACUGCCCUAUUAACUGCUCUAUUUACUGCCCUAUUAACUGCCCUAUUAACUCUCCUAUUAACUGUCCUAUUAACUGUCCUAUUAACUGUCCUAUUAACUCUCCUAUUAACAGUCUUAUUAACUGCCCUAUUAACUGCCCUAUUAACUGCCAUAUUAACUGCCCUAUUAACUGCCCUAUUAACUGUCCUAUUAACUGUCUUAUUAACUGCCCUAUUAACUGCCAUAUUAACUGCCAUAUUAACUGCCCUAUUAACUACCCUAUUAACUGUCCUAUUAACUGUCUUAUUAACUGCCCUAUUAACUGUCCUAUUAACUGCCCUAUUAACUGCCCUAUUAACUGCCCUAUUAACUGCCCUAUUAACUGCCCUAUUAACUGCCCUAUUAACUGCCCUAUUAACUGCCCUAUUAACUGCCCUAUUAACUGUCCUAUUAACUGUCUUAUUAACUGCCCUAUUAACUGUCUUAUUAACUGCCCUAUUAACUGUCCUAUUAACUGCCCUAUUAACUGUCUUAUUAACUGCCAUAUUAACUGCCAUAUUAACUGUCCUAUUAACUGUCUUAUUAACUGCCCCAUUAACUGCCCUAUUAACUGCCCUAUUAACUGCCCUAUUAACUGUCCUAUUAACUGUCUUUUUAACUGCCCUAUUAACUGCUUUAUUAACUGCCCUAUUAACUGCCAUAUUAACUGCCCUAUUAACUGCCAUAUUAACUGCCCUAUUAACUGCCCUAUUAACUGCCCUAUUAACUGUCCUAUUAACUGUCUUAUUAACUGCCCUAUUAACUGCCCUAUUAACUGCCCUAUUAACUGCCCUAUUAACUGUCCUAUUAACUGUCUUAUUAACUGCCCUAUUAACUGUCUGAUUAACUGCCCUAUUAACUGCCCUAUUAACUGCCAUAUUAACUGCCCUAUUAACUGUCCUAUUAACUGCCCUAUUAACUGUCUUAUUAACUGCCAUAUUAACUGCCCUAUUAACUGCCCUAUUAACUGUCCUAUUAACUGCCCUAUUAACUGCCCUAUUAACUGCCCUAUUAACUGUCCUAUUAACUGCCCUAUGAACUGCCCUAUUAACUGCCCUAUUAACUGCCCUAUUAACUGUCAUAUGAACUGCCCUAUUAUCUGCUCUAUUAGCUGCCCUAUUUACUUCCCUAUGAACUGCCCUAUUAACUGCUCUGAUAACUGCUCUAAUAACAUGCACUGAUGCUGGGACUGACCUUACAUGAGCACUGAAAACUAUUUUUUAAAAAUUACUUUUUAGUUGUUGUUUUUUUUAACCCAUGACACUAAUGUGUUUAAUGUUUACCCAGGUGUUUGUACACUGGUGGGCGUGUCCCUCUUCCACGCACACUACUCACACCUGUGCCCCGUGAGUUGCAGCUGGGUCUUCGCGCUGCUGGGCAGCUUCUUGGUGAUGUCGUCCGCCGUGGUCAUGGGCUGUGCCUUCAAGAGAGGCGAGAUACAAUUUGGUGACGAAAGAAUAAGACUUCAAAUGAAUUUUGUUGUAUUUUCCUGUGUGUGUUGAUGUCUCAAGUUUAAUUUUGUACUACGCCUUCCCUGCAAGUUUUUAAUGAAAGAUAGAGUAAUGAAGAGAUAGGGUUGGAAUGGACGACAGGCAAAGAGAGAAAAAGAGAGACACGGAGAAAGAGUGUGAGAUAGAGAGUAAACGAAAGAUAGACAUAAAUGCAGAUGUGCAAUCGACAGAUAAAUAUACAUAUUGGACGGAUAGAA